GUGGUGGUCAUGUUUCGACUUUUGAAGAGUGUACCAAGUACAUCCAACAGCCAACGUUCACAAAUAAUUUCUACUUUGGCUAUUUUAGACCACCACUUUAUUUACAAAUGGUACCUUCAUCAAGUACGGAAGGACUGACGGGAAUAGGGUUUAUAAUGACCGUUACUGACACGAGAUUUAGUCCCAGUGUUACUGAUAUCGCUCAGAUGGAAAUCAUGUUAGUUGACACAGGUAGUAGUGGUCCUUCCGCUCAUAAUACCGCUCUAUUAAAACCUAAUGUAUAUGGUUCAAUCGGGAUAAGGCCUAACAGUUUCUUUGUCAAAACAGAGAUAGAGCUAAGAUCGCGCACAGUAAUGUUCGAUACUUAUAUU